UUUCCUCCAUGAAGGAAUGAGUUGUUUUCUUUCUCCAUGAUUAUUCAUGAUGGCGUGGAUAGAUAGGGAUUUUUAUUGGCUUGGAUUGCGAUCGCAUCAGCCAUCUUUAGUAUAGUGAACUAUCUAGAGCACUGUAUCUUUAGGUUAGGUGUGCUCGCGUGUGCUAUUCAUGGUCCAUUGGAAACUGAAAAGCUGAAUAUAAUGAAGGCUCGUUCUACUUAAGGAAGCACAAAAUAAUCUAACGCUGCAGUGCCUACACGAUGCCGCAGGAAUGGCGAGGAUUUAUCCGCACGCCGAGGCGUUAUAAGGAGGCUGCGCGCAUCGUUGACGCCCUAAACAACACACCCGCAAAGUCUCUUCAGACCUUGGUGGAAAGUUCCCGGCUGCCGAACAAGACUCAGCUGGCCGCACUGGUGAUACAAGUAUGUCGGAAGCUGCCCAUUUUGGAGGCAGUGGUCUCACAGAGCCCACUGCUGGACCUGCCUAAGCCCUUAGCAUUGGUUUUGGUUCAUGAAGCACUAUUUGGGGAGCGGCCUUUCCCUCCAGGGAUGUGUGCACGUGGUGACCAGGUUCUCGCCUGCCGGCCCCAGCUUGAGAAGGCCCUGGCAGCUGUGUCCAAGGAAGCUCUGCCGGUGUCACUGCCACGAUAUGCUCGUGUCAACACUCUGCUGCUGAACACGUCUACGGUCAUACAACAACUGGAGCGACAGGGCUUCCGGUGGGUGCGUUACCCACGCCGACGUGGACUGGACUGGUUUUUGGAGCGAGUGCGGCACCUACAGCCACACGAGUUCCUCAAGGACUUUCACCUACGGGACUGGCUUGUGUUUGGUUCAGGUGCCAAGCUGAACACACUGGACCUUGUGAAAAAUUUGCAGGUUCUUCUGCAGGAUAAGGCAUCAGGUAUGGCAGUAAUUGCCUUGGAUCCACGGCCAGGUGCAGUGGUGCUGGAUGCCUGUGCUGCCCCAGGCAUGAAAACCUCCUAUGCAGCAGCACUUAUGAAUAACAGGGGAAAAAUCUUGGCUGUAGACAGGAGCAGUGAACGACUAGAAGUAGUGCGACACCUUGUGAAAAAUGGUGGCUUCAAGUCCAUCUGCAGUGUGUGCAACACUGACUUCUUGGUGCUUGACCCACAUGCGGCACCUCAGUGUUCCACCGAGCUCAUCCUGGUAGACCCGUCGUGCUCCGGUACUGGCCUCUGUGACCGACCGGGCAAACAAUUGGACCCGGAAAGUGCUGAGGGCCAAGAGCGGCUGCAGCGGUUGACUACUGUGCAGAGCAAACUGCUCAUGCAUGCCCUGGAUUUUCCUCGCUGCAGGCGUGUGGUGUAUUCAACUUGUUCAGUGCUCAGACAGGAAAAUGAGGAUGUCGUGGAAUAUGUACUGGCUCGGUCAAACGGACGUUUUGUGUUGGCCCAUGCGCUGCCUGAGUUACCUUUUCGUGGCCUCGGUUCGCAGGGCAGUCACUGUGUGCGCCUUGGAGUGGACACUAUGCUUACCAGGGGCUUCUUUCUGGCUGUGUUUGAAAAAGUAGCCCAUUAAGAUUUUUGUCAAAGAGAGAUAUACACUGGUGAGGGAGGCAUUAGUUCUUACCUUUGAGUGUGCACUCACUGAACCCUCCCCCCCCCCCCCCCCCCCUUUUUUUUUUCCCACUAUAACUUGCAGUUUUUCUGCAAAGCAAUCCAUUGGAUGCUUGUUUCGAAUUCACAGAAAUUCCUAAACAAACAAGGCCGAGCUCUGUCUGUCUUGCUCUUUCCCAAGGUAGAGUGUGACCAUGAAGGAAAGCCAUUCAAGAAAGAAAUUCUUGGUCUGGUAUUGAGGUUUCAUUUUGUUCUUGAACAUCAAAAAAGGUGACUUGUUCUAGUUAAGUGGGUUAACAUGACUUUACCUAUGAGUGGUGCCCACAGGGAAUUGUUUUGCUCCAUUUUGUGUAUGUAUUCAUGUAUGUGUGGAAACUGGUAGCUUCACUAUCAGAAUCGUCUUUUUUGGAACAAGUGGAAACCUAUUUUUCAAGUUUGGUUUUUUGCCCUCUUUUGCUUAUGUGUGGCUUUCCAGGAAUUUCUUGUGGAAUACCUGUGGGUUGUCAUGUGAACAUGAACACAGGGCUUUUUUUUUUCUUUAUAAUGCAGACAUCUCUACUCUGAGUAACUGUACUUUUGCAUGUAAUAAAGUAUUGUUUUCAGACUUC